AACAGGCCUCUCUGCAUGUACAUGUGUUUUUGGUCUGGGCCCUGAUAUUGUUGGAAUUCCAGUGGCGUUUGAAUUCCCAUGUGGCACCAAAUUUAUGAAGCCACGUCAACUCAGAGCAAAGGGUUGAUUAAUCAUCCCUUGAUUAAUCACCCUAAAACUUCACACACUAUUACUAAGAAAGCCAUUCCCGUAAUUCCAUGCAAUACACUUCAUAGGCUGAUACUUUAGGAUGAAGGGACAUCCUGUAAUUAUGAAGAACUUCAAGGCUGAUUGUCUACAAAAAUCUGGCAAUUACACGAAUUCGUAAUUUCAAUAGCUGAAGCUCACGCAGAGUCUCCGACUCUUUUUCAUGGCGCUGCUGGCUCCUGGUGGCUCUGCAAGGAUAUGCGUGCCACGCCCUGCGCACGUUAGACAAAGAGGCGCUACGUUUGCCACUCUAUCUCCUCCUCGAGGCCAUGCCGGCGACUGGAUUGAAGCAACUUCGAGCUUUUUCGAACAAGACACGAGGCCCAUCAUGUUAUUUGAUGGUGUAUGCAACUUAUGUAAUGGGGGUGUGAGGUUUGUGCGCCGAAAUGAUCGAAAUGGGAGUAUUAGGUUUGAAGCUCUGCAAAGUGAAGCAGGCAAGAACUUACUUAGGAGGUCAGGAAGAGCUCCUGAUGAUAUCUCCAGUGUUGUACUUGUUGAAAAGGAUAGGUCAUACAUCAGGUCAGAAGCUGUGCUGAAGAUAAUGGAAUACAUAGACUUACCCUUCCCCCAGUUAGCAUUUUUUCUACAGUUUGUACCUCUGUUCAUAAGGGAUUUUGCAUAUGAUAAUGUGGCAAACAAUCGUUACACAAUUUUUGGCCGCUCAGAAUCAUGUGAGAUAUAAACAUCUUUACUCAUCAUUGUACUUGGCAUAUGUUCUAUAUAUCAUAAAGUCCAGAAUAAGGUUCCUCCGUUUGGUGAACUAUUAUAUGUUUUGUCGGACUAGAAUGAAGAUGUAAUCAUGUUUACCAAUUGAACUUUCUGUGUAUAUUAUGUGGCUUUUCUUUUCAAAUUA